AUGUCUGUUUCAUUUUUUCCUCUUAAAUGGGAGGCCACUGGGAACCAAUGGUGGUAUGCAUCCCCCAUAGACUGUGCUGCUGCUAAUGCUCACUAUCAUUUGGUUCGUGAGAUGCUUAAAUUCGACAACAACCACCUUUUCAACCUCACUUCGUUGCGUCGGAUCCGUCGUCUCGAACUUGUUUGGGACGACGACCGUGAACAAUUCAAGGAUGUUGCGAAGUGCCGUUCCGAGGUGGCACGGAAGCUUUUUCUUGAGUGUGAGUCCAAGAAAGGGAAGAAGAAAGAGAACUCUCUCAUCCGUGCUGGCUAUGGUGGAUGGCUGAUGUACACAGCUGCAUCAGCAGGUGACUUGUGUUUUGUUCAACAGCUUGUUGAAAUGAACCCUUUGUUGGUGUUUGGAGGCGGAGAGUACACUGUUACUGAUACUUUUUAUGCUGCUUCUAAAGGAAAGAACUGUGAGGUUUUCAAGUUGGUGUUUGAUUUUGCAUUGUCUCCGAGGUUUGUUACUGGAAAAGGUAGGGUUAUUCUUCCUUCUGUUUACAAGUGGGAGAUGAGUAAUAGAGCGGUUCACACCGCUUCUCGGGGCGGCAAUGCAGAGGUUUUGGAGAUGUUUCUCGCAAAUUGUUGCGAUGUUUUAGCGUAUAGAGAUGCUCAAGGUUCUACUGUCUUGCAUUCUGCUGCAGCUACAGGCCAGCUUGAGGUAGUAAAAUAUCUCACAUCAUCGUUUGACAUAAUCAACUCCACAGAUGAUCACGGAGACACUGCUUUGCAUGUGGCUGCUUACAGAGGCCACUUAGCUGUAGUUGAAACUCUAAUUUCCGCAUCUUCAUCACUAAUCUCUAUAAGAAACCACGCCGGAGAAACUUUUCUCCAUAAGGCUGUGUCUGGAUUCCAGUCUCCUGCAUUCCGAAGAUUGGACCGACAGGUCGAGCUUUUGAGAAAGUUACUGAGUGGUGAUAAGAAAUUUCACAUGGAAGAAAUCAUCAACGCGAAGAAUACUGAUGGAGAAACCGCUCUUCAAGUUGCGACAACGGGGAACACGAAAAUUCCAACUGAUCUUAUUAAACUCCUGAAGACUGCUCCAAUGAUAAAGCCGCUACAAGGAUUAGGAUAUAAUUCGAGAAAAGCCACGACGGCAUCAUCAUCACAAAUGAAAAAUGAUAGGAUUUGCAUCAGUCCUGGAACAUCGUUUAGAAUGUCGGACGCUAAAAUGUUAGUGCUUGCAGGCAUCGAGAAGAAUGCGUCCGAUGCUAGUAGUAAUACUGAUCAAGGAAGUGAGAGAAUGAGCUCAACUACAUCUGACUCGGCAGCUGAGAAUAGACCUUCAAGGGGAACAAAUCAGUGA